GCCGUUACUCUGGCAACGUUUGGACGUUGUUCCGUCAUUGGUAGCUAGCUGUUAGCUGUUAGCUUUUCAAGUUGUCAAACUUGGUUACAUAUUAAAUGUUAUGUCAAAAAUAAGCUCAGACACGCUGUGGGAGCAGGCGGCGGCGGAGGUCCACAGCCGAGAGGCUGCAGCUGGGGAAGAGGACCGAGGAGAGGCGGUCAGCGAGAGGACCGUGUUCCUAAUGGGGAGCAAGGCCGGGGGUAAAACGUCCAUUCUCCACAGAUGCCUCGACAGGGAUGAACCGUCCAAGCCAACUCUGGCGCUGGAGUACACCUUUGGCAGACGGGCCCGAGGACACAACACACCCAAAGACAUAGCCCACCUAUGGGAACUGGGAGGCGGGACCUCUUUGUCAGACCUGGUCCAGAUCCCCAUCACUGCCGGCGGCAUCAGCUGUCUCUCUGUCAUCCUCAUUCUGGACCUGUCUAAACCCAACGCCCUGUGGGGAACCAUGGAAAAGCUGCUGCAGGCAGCACAAAACCAGUUGGAGAGAGUCUCUUCCCGGGACCAACAAGCACAGAAAGCCAAGCACCAGACGCCUGUUCACUCAGCAGCCCGCGUGUUCCCUAAAGACUAUCCUGACAGAGAGCUGAUCAGUCCCUUUCCUGUUCCUCUGCUGAUUAUUGGUAGCAAAUAUGAUAUCUUUCAGGAAUUUGACUCGGACAAGAGGAAAGUGGUUUGUAAAACACUGCGUUUUGUUGCCCACUACUACGCGGCUUCUCUUAUCUUCACAAACAUCAAGUCGGAGAGCUUAAUGUCAAAAACCAAGAGCUUCUUCUCCCACCUGGCGUUCGGUCUGGACAGAGGGAAAACUGUGUCCUGUGACUCCACUAAGCCUCUCAUCAUUCCAGCAGGCUCAGACUCCUUCAGCCAAAUAGGUUCCCCUCAUACUACUGAUGUGGACAUUACGUCACUGCAUGCCAAAAACCCAAAAGACCUCUGGAAGAAAGUCUACGAACGCGUCUUCCCCCAAGAGAAUACCAGUGAGCAGAGGGAAUUAAGGGAUCCGACCAAAGACCCACAGUACGGUGAGCUUCAGAUUGAUGCCAUGAGAGCCCAGAAAGACCAGGAGUUGGAGCAGUAUAAGAGGAAUGCAUCCAAGUCAUGGAAAGAACUGGAGCUGGAGACAUAAGAGCCAACCGGCUUUAUGGUCACACACACACAUACACAACAUAUUAUAUCAAUGUAAAUACAGUGUACACUUUGCUUUAUUUAUUUUCUCUUGUCUCAUUGUGUCUUAUUUUAAACAAUACAAAACCACUUGUAACCUAAUGAUAAAAUGUUCUCUGAAAAAAAUAAACAAUUUUACAAUAUUA